AAAGCAGAGCCUGCCUACUGGUGGCAGAUGGAGUAACGGAGAGGAGAGAAGUCCACGUAUUACCAUGCGGAGAUUUGGACUACAUAAACUUUAUGCAAAACCACCCAAACUACGUGAUUAAUAAUAAGAACAGAGGCGGCGCUGUGAGGAUCACGGUAUAGUAAUGGGGAAGUGUUGGGAGCCGCUGCUUGUUCUGUUCCUGCAGCUUUUUUGCAGCUGCACUGGAAGCCCAAGGCUGGUGAGGGCUGCCUCCAUGCAGUUCACCCACUCUGUUUACAAUGCCACCAUAUACGAAAACUCCGCUGCUAAGACAUAUUUAGAGAGCCACGCAAAGAUGGGGAUCUACAUCACAGACCCGGCAUGGGAGAUACGGUACAAAAUCAUCUCUGGAGAUAACGAGAACUUAUUCAAAGCAGAGGACUACCUGGUGGGAGAUUUCAGUUUUUUGCGAAUAAGGACCAAAGGAGGCAGCACUGCCAUUCUGAACCGGGAGGUUAAAGACCACUAUAUCCUCACUGUCAAGGCCUCAGAAAGGAGCACAAAUUUCGAGUGUCGCACCAGAGUUAGGGUGCAGGUACUGGAUACCAAUGACCUAAGGCCCCUUUUCUCGCCAACCUCCUACAGCAUCUCACUACCGGAGAACACGGCCAUACGCACAAGUGUGGCUAAAGUCACGGCAACUGAUGCGGAUAUCGGCACGAACGGAGAGUACUACUACAGCUUCAGGGAGUGGACGGACAUGUUUGCUGUUCAUCCGACAAGUGGUGUGGUGACACUGACUGGCAAGCUGGACUAUUCUGAGAUGAAGCUGUACGAGUUGGAGAUCCUUGCAGUGGACAGAGGGAUGAAGCUGUAUGGCAGCAGUGGGUUCAGCAGCAUGGCCAAACUUACAGUCAGAGUGGAACAAGCUAAUGAGCAUGCACCUGUAAUUACCGCAGUAACCUUGUCGCCCUCCGAUGCAGAUCACGACCCCACAUAUGCCAUUGUGACAGUUGAGGACAAAGAUCAGGGACCAAACGGAGAGAUAGCGUCACUGAGUAUCGUGGCCGGUGACCCUCUUAUGCAGUUUAAGGCUGUUAGAACCAGCCCAGGGAGCAAGGAGUACAAAAUAAAAGCUGUCAAAGAUGUAGACUGGGACAGCCAGCCUUUUGGAUACAACCUCACCUUACAGGCAAAGGACAAAGGCACCCCUCCACAAUUUUCAUCUGCUAAACUGGUACAUGUCACUUCAGCGCACUUCCAAAAUGGCCCUCCUGUAUUUGAAAAGGCCAUUUACAGAGUCAAUCUGAGUGAAUUUGCCCCACUUCACACACCUGUCACUAUGGUGACAGCUGUGCCAAAGUAUCCUCAUCUAAAAUAUGCUUUUAAACACAGUCCUGACAAGAAUAGAUUUAGUAUCAAUCCAAAUACUGGUUUAAUCAGCACAGCAGGACCAAUCAAUGCUGAUAUUUCCCCGAAAUUUGAGCUAGAGRUGAUCACCAGUGACAGAAAAGCAGCUACAAAGGUAAUUGUUGAUGUUAUUGAUGUAAAUAACAAUGCACCAGAAUUCCAGCAGACAUCCUACAAAGCCAGUGUGGAUGAGAAUGUACCUAUUGGGACCAGUGUAGUGACAGUGAAAGCCACUGAUKUAGACAAAGGGGAGAAUGGCUAUGUGACCUAUAGCAUUACCAAUCUAAGUCCCCAGCCGUUUGUCAUUGACUACUUUUCUGGUGUGAUCAGCACUUCAGAGAACCUAGAUUAUGAGCUCAUGCCCAGGAUUUACCAUCUCAAAGUCAGAGCAUCRGACUGGGGAUCCCCUUUCCGGAGAGAAGUGGAAGCAUCGGUAACUGUAACUUUAAAUAAUCUAAAUGACAAUAAGCCUUUGUUUGAAAAUGUGAACUGUGAAGUGACUGUGCCCAGAGAUCAUGGUGUUGGGGAGCAGAUAACCACAGCAUCUGCCAUCGAUGCUGAUGAACUACAGCUAGUGCGGUACUACAUUAAAGCUGGAAAUGAUCUUAAUCUGUUUGAACUGAACCCAAACUCUGGCUUGCUUUCAUUGAAGCACACGCUGAGUGAGGGUGAGGCAGCUAAARUAUCCCUCCACAGUUUACAAAUUGUUGCAACUGAUGGCGAACACGAGACUCAGCCAAUGAGCAUGAACCUAACUGUCAUCACGGCACACAAGCCUGUCCAGGUGAAAUGUGUUGAAACUGGUGUUGCUACAAUGUUGGCUGAAAAGUUACUUCAGGGCAGCAAAAUCCAUGUGCAAACUGAGCCAGAUGAYAACUUCAUAGACACUUACUCAGUCAAUCGGUACUCUCCUCAGUUUGGAGACUCAUUUCCAGGUGUUAUUGAAGUUAAAGAGGACCUGCCUGUUGGAGCCCGGAUUGUCCAUCUAAGUGCCACAGACUCAGAUAGYGGCUUCAAUGGAAAGUUGGUGUACGUUAUAUCAGGAGGAGACACAGAAAGCCGCUUUAUUGUAGAUAUGGAAGCCGGUUGGCUUUUGGUGUAUUCUCCCCUUGACCGUGAAACAACUGACCGCUACACACUCAACAUUACAGUUUAUGAUCUUGGGAUACCACAGAAAUCCUCUUCACGCCUCUUGGAUGUGAAAAUCUUAGAUGCAAAUGAUAACAGCCCUCAAUUUUUGAAAGACUCGUACUCGGUUGAAAUAAGUGAGAACACACCUGUUGGGACWGAAAUUAUCCAGGUGGAUUCAACGGACAAAGACAAAGGUGAUAAUGGGAUUGUUAAAUACUCAAUUUUAGGAGGCACAGAUCAUUUUGCGAUCAAUGAGACAACUGGUGUCAUAACUGUGACGAAACCAYUGGAUCGCGAGCGCUAUCCAUUUUAUCUUCUGAAGAUUGCGGCACAUGAUCAGGCAGUGAGCGAGCCUCAGUUGGUAUCCACAGUGCCUCUUAAAAUCACAUUGGACGAUGUGAACAACAAUCCUCCAAAAUUUGUUCCCCCUAAUUACCGCGUGAAAGUCAGGGAGGAUCUUCCUGUUGGUACCGUAAUUAUGUGGCUGGAGGCUCAUGACCCAGAUGUUGGACCUUCCAGCCAAGUACGAUACAGUCUURUGGAUAAUGGAGAUGGGACUUUUGAAGUAGAUAAACUCAGCGGUGCUCUUCGGAUUGUUCAGAACCUCGACUAUGAGGCAAAACAGGCGUACAAUCUGACAGCAAAAGCUAAAGACAAGGGGAAGCCCAUUUCUUUGUCAUCAACCUGCUUCAUUGAGGUGGAAGUGGUAGAUGUGAAUGAAAAUCUCCACAGGCCUUUGUUCCGAUCGUUUGUGGAAAAGGGAUUUAUAAAAGAAGACGUCCCUGUUGGGACUUCUGUGAUGACUGUGUCGGCUAAAGAUGAGGACCCAGGACAGGAUGGAGAAAUCCGAUACUCCAUAAGAGAUGGAUCUGGUCUGGGAAUAUUUUCCAUUGAUGAGGAAACUGGUGUGAUUCGAACACAAGAACUGCUGGAUCAUGAGACAACACCUCAUUACUGGCUAACAGUCUAUGCAAUGGAUCGUGGUGUGGUGCCCUUGUCUUCUUUCGUUGAAGUCUUCAUUGAAGUCCAGGAUGUCAAUGACAAUGCACCGCAAACCUCUGAACCUGUGUAUUACCCCUCUGUCAUGGAGAACUCACCAAAAGACGUGUCAAUCAUCCAGAUAAAUGCAGUUGAUCCAGAUACCAAGGCCAGUGAUAAACUCACCUACAGGAUCACCAGUGGCAAUCCCCAGGGCUUCUUUGCCAUUAACUCCAAGACAGGUCUGGUUACAACCACUUCAAGAAAACUAGACAGGGAGCAACAGGAUGAGCACAUACUUGAGAUCACCAUUACUGACCAUGGCGUUCCUCCUAAAUCCACCACCGUCCGGGUCAUCGUCCAGGUCCUCGAUGAGAAUGACAACAGACCCUUGUUCCUCGAGAAGAUCUACAAGAUCCAACUCCCGGAGCGUGAGAGGCCAGAGAGAGAGAGAGCCACCAAGAGAGAUCCGGUGUAUCGGGUUAUUGCAUCCGAUCGUGACGUGGGGCCCAAUGCUGAGAUUUCCUACAGUAUCGAGGAGGGAGACGAACCUGGCAAGUUUUUUAUCGAGCCUAAAACUGGCCUGGUGUCAUCCAAGAAGUUCUCCUCUGCUGGAGAAUAUGACAUUCUUACGAUUAAAGCAGUCGACAACGGACGUCCACAGAAAUCCUCCGUUUGUCGUCUGCACAUCGAGUGGAUUCCUAAACCUAGUGUCCCAGCGGAUGCGGCACCUCUGCGCUUCGAGGAGUCGCCCUUUAUUUUCUCUGUCAUGGAAAGCGAUCCUGUGGCCCACAUGGUGGGCGUCGUUGCCACCGAGUCCUCUGAUGUCCGUGUGUGGUUUGAAAUCACAGACGGCGUAGAGGAUUCUGAGAUGUUUUACAUCCUUCAGAUGGCUUGUGACCACAACUGUACAGCAGAAGGUGGUAAUUACGACAGCCGCUUUGACGUAGGCAAGGCCAGUGGAACCUUGAUUGUAGCGCGGCCCCUGGACGCAGAACAGAAAUCAAAUUACAACCUGACAGUGGAAGCCACAGAUGGGACACGAACUGUCAGCACUCAGGUGCUUAUCCGCGUCAUUGACACCAACAACCACCGUCCUCAGUUCUCCCAUCAGGUUUACGUUGUAAACAUUCCUGAAGAUGAACCUGCAGGGACUGAAGUCCUGCAGAUUCGUGCUAUGGACAAAGAUGAGAAAAACAAACUGACCUAUACGCUCCAGAGCAGCACCGAUCCCUUCAGCCUGCGGAAGUUCCGACUGGACCCUGGAACAGGCACAUUGUACACCACUGAGCGUCUGGACCAUGAGACCAUGCACCGUCACAUCCUCACAGUUAUGGUUCGAGACCAGGACAUUCCAGUAAAAAGGAAUCUUGUGCGCGUUAUUGUUGAUGUGGAUGACACCAAUGAUAAUGUGCCCUGGUUCAUAGGAACGCCUUACUCCUGCCGUGUGUUUGAAUCUGCUGCCAUAGGCUCAGCCGUGCUGCAGGUUACUGCUCUGGACAAAGACAAGGGCUAUAACGCAGAGGUAGUCUACAGCAUUGAGUCAGGAAAUGUUGGAAACUCUUUUGCUAUUGAUCCUGUUCUUGGGACAAUCACAGUCGCUAAAGAGCUCGACUGCAGCAGCAAAACGGCAUUCGAACUCACCAUUAAGGCCACCGAUAAUGGGGCGCCACCUCUGUCCACUUCAGCCACCGUUAAUAUUAUGGUAACUGUUUCUGACAAUGCUGCCCCCAGAUUCGCUGAACAGGAGUUCUCCUCAGAGGUCAGCGAAUUAGCCCCUCUAGGAAGUUUUGUCAGCAUGGUCACAGCCACCAGCCAGUCAUCUGUUUUUUACCAAAUAAAAGGUGGCAAUGUCAACAAUGUGUUUGAUAUCAAUCCAAACUCCGGAGUGGUUGUGACACAAAAAGUUUUAGAUUAUGAGACCACCGCUCAAUAUAAGCUCAUCAUCCAAGGCACCAACAUGGCGGGACUUGCCAGUAAUGCAACACUCCUGAUUCAUCUCAAAGAUGAAAAUGACAAUGCUCCAGUCUUUAUCCAAAGGGAAUUCAAAGGUGUAAUCAGCGAGCUGGCCUCAAUCAACAGUGUUGUUCUGACGCAUGAAAACACCCCCUUUGUCAUUCAUGCCUCGGAUGCUGAUUCUGACCAGAAUGCCAGGCUCAUUUAUCAAAUUGUCGAACCUUUUGCUCAUAACUACUUUGCCAUUGACUCAAGUACUGGGGCUAUCCGAAUCACAACAGCUUUGGAUUAUGAACAGAGGAGUGUUUUCCGCUUCACAGUUCAGGUUCAUGAUCUAGGAAUGCCACGGCUGUUUGCAGAGACACCAGCCAAUGUGACCAUAGAAGUAAUUGAUGUUAAUGACUGCUCACCCGUUUUCAGCCAAGAAGUGUAUGAAGCAUCCUUCAUUGUGCCAACCUACAAAGGCAUAGAAGUUAUUCAAGUGAAUGCUACUGACUCAGACUCGGGGCCCAACUCAAAACUUCUCUUUUCCAUCUCUGAGGGUAAUAUUGGGGACAAAUUCAAAAUCGAUCUAGUCUCAGGCAUCAUUUCUAUUCAGAAUGUCACACAACUCAGGAGCAGAUAUGAAUUAAAGGUUAGGGUUUCGGAUGGUCGAUUUGCUGCUGUUUCUACAGUGAAGAUUAAUGUAAAGGAAAACAAGGAGAACAAGAUGAAGUUCACUCAGGAUUCAUACAAAGCCUACAUCCAAGAAAAUUCUUCUGAGAAGAAAACACUAGCUGUGAUUGCUGCUGUUGGGAACCAAGUGAAUGAACCUUUGUUCUAUCGAAUUUUAAACCCUGACAACAGGUUUAAAAUCAGCACUACUUCUGGUGUUAUCUCAACUACUGGGAUUCCAUUUGAUCGGGAAGAACAAGACACGUACGAUAUCAUUGUUGAGGUCACUGAGGAAGACAAAUCUGAAAAUGCAGCACAUAUUUUAGUUACUGUGACUGUGGAAGAUGUAAAUGACAACAAACCAAUGUUUGUUUACCUUCCCUAUCAUGCCCUUGUCCAGAUGGAUGCAGAGGAAGGUCAGAUAAUUCGACAGGUCAAGGCCGUGGACAAAGACAUGGGUGCAAAUGCAGAAAUACAUUAUUCUCUAAAGGAGCAUCAAGAACACUUUGAAAUGAGCCCAUCUGGAGAAAUCCUACUUAAAAAGAAAUUUGAGAAAGACUCCCUCAACACAAAGUUUGUUCUUGUCGUUGUGGCUAAGGAUAAUGGCAAACCACCUCUUUCAGCAGAAGUUGAAGUGCCAGUAACAGUUGUGAACAAAGCAAUGCCUGUGUUUGAGAGGCCAUUUUACAGCAUUGAAAUCCCUGAAAACAUUCAACUACAUUCCCCUGUGCUCCAUGUGCAGGCCAGUGACUCUGAGGGUCCUCGCAUUGUGUACACUAUUGCUGAGGGGGAUCCUUUCAAACAGUUCUCAAUUGAUUUCAACACAGGGGUCAUUCAUGUGAUUCAGCCUUUGGACUUUGAGAUUCAUCCUGCCUAUAAGUUAAAUGUUAGAGCCACAGACUCUUUGACUGGAGCUCACUCUGAGGUGUUUGUUGAUAUCAUCCUGGAAGAUGUAAAUGAUAACGCCCCUGUUUUUAUGUCAAAGGCCUACUACGCCAAUAUCUCUGAGGCUUCUGUCAUCGGUACAUUCAUUUUGCAGGUGGUUGCCAAAGAUUCUGAUACUGGUAACAACAAAGAAGUAUUUUUUCAACUGAUUGAGGAAAGGGGGAAAAGUUCAGAUUAUUUCACCAUUGACCGUGACUCGGGAGAAAUCUUUACAUCUCAAAUUCUUGAUCAUGAAGAGAUUCAGCAGCACAAGCUGAGGGUCCGUGCAGUGGAUGGAGGAGUACCAGCCCUUUUUAGUGACAUCAUUGUGACAAUAGAUGUCACUGACCUGAAUGACAACGCACCAGUCUUUACAGAGCACACCUACAAAACCACUAUCAGUGAAUUGGCCCCACGUGGACACUUCGUCAACCAGGUCCAGGCUUCUGAUGCAGACAGUUCAGAUGCAAACAAGUUGGAGUUCUCAAUUAUAUCUGGAAAUGAAGAACAGAACUUUGCCAUCAACAAAAAAACUGGAGCCAUUGUCAUUUCAAACCACCGCCAACCACACAUGCAGCCAGUUUACAAUCUUAAUGUAUCUGUGUCAGAUGGCGUGUUCAGAGGCUCAGCCCUUGUUGAGGUAACAGUUAUCGGUGCCAACUUCCACAACCCCACCUUCUCACAGACGGAGUAUUUAGUGGAGGUUAUUGAGAACUCACCUGCUGGUACUCUGGUAGCAGAAGUACCUGCGACAGAUGACGAUGAAGGCAUCUAUGGGCAGAUUACUUAUCAUAUUGUCAAUGAGUUUGCAAAAGACAAGUUUACUGUUAGCGAAAAAGGAGACAUUUUCACUCUUGAUAGACUCGAUCGUGAAAAUCCUGUUGAGAAGGUUAUUCCUAUUUCUCUGAUAGCUAAAGAUGGUGGUGGAAAAGUAGGCUUCUCUGUUGUUAACGUCAUUGUCACAGAUGCCAAUGACAACACUCCUCAGUUCAGAGCAGUUGAGUACAAAGCCACUGUUGCAUCAGAUGUCCCAAGGGGAACAUCUGUACUGAAAAUUGCAGCUUCAGACAUGGAUGAGGGGAGUAAUGCUGACAUCGAGUAUUCCCUUGAAGCAGAUGUUGAAAAUGUCGAGGAGAAUUUUGAUAUACACAAAACCUCUGGAGUCAUUAUUACCAAAGAAAGCCUCAUUGGACUUGAAAAUGAACUGUAUGCAUUUUUUGUGAGGGCGAAGGAUACAGGGAACCCACCCAAACAUUCAGUUAUUCAGGUUUACAUUAGAAUUGUCUCAUCAGAGACACAGGUUCCCAAAUUUGCGGAACUAUUUUAUCGGUACACUGUUCCUGAGGAUCUUCCCAUCGGUACAGAGAUAGAUACGAUUCAGGCCGAGAGCGAGCAGCCAGUUGUUUACAGCCUUGUGAAAGGCAACACUCCUGAGAGCAAUGACGAUGAGGUGUUUGUUGUAGACAGAGAUAGUGGAGCCUUAAAACUUCAGAAGAGCCUUGACCACGAGACAACCAAAUGGUACCAGCUCACUUUGCUUGCUCAGACUCUAUAUGAGAACUAUGAAGUAGUUGCAUCAGUAAUUGUGAACAUCCAAGUUAAAGAUGUUAAUGAUAACAAACCAGUCUUUGACGCAGACCCUUAUGAGACUGUUGUUGUUGAAAACCUUCCAAGUGGGACUGCAGUCAUUCAACUCAAAGCCACAGACCUUGACUCUGGAACUAACGGCCAUGUCGUCUACAGCCUUGACCCUAAGCAGAACGUCCAUGAAAUCUCUGAUCUGUUUGCCRUGAACAGUGAGACUGGAUGGGUAACCACCUUAAAGGAGCUGGACCGUGAAAAAACAGACAAAUACCUCAUUGCCGUCCUGGCUACAGACCAAGGCGACACAGUUCAGCACAUCACCGGUGCAACUGUGGAGAUAAAAGUGGCCGAUGUGAACGACAACCCGCCUCGCUUCACUGCAGAGAUCUACAAGGGAACGGUCAGUGAAGAUGACCCUCCACCAAGCGGAGUGAUUGCUAUUCUCAGCACCACAGAUGAUGACUCUGAAGACAUCAAUAAACAAGUUAACUAUUUUAUAACAGGAGGAGACCCACUCGGUCAGUUUGCCAUUGAACAUCUUCAGAAUGAGUGGAAGGUUUUAGUCAGGAAGCCCCUGGACCGCGAAGUGACAGACAAUUAUCUGCUCACCAUCACUGCCAGUGACGGCAUCUUCACUGCUAAAGCUGUAGUGGAAGUCAAGGUGCUGGAUGCCAAUGAUAAUGACCCCAUAUGCAUAAAGUCCGUCUACAGUGAAAGCGUCCCAGAAGAUUCCCCGGCUGGCAGGCUCAUCCUGCAGGUCUCUGCCACAGAUGCUGACAUCCGUUCUAAUGCCCAAAUCUCUUACGAGCUCCAGGGAGUUGGAUCUGAACUGUUCAUGAUUGACUCAGAGACAGGGGAGCUGAAGACCCUGCAACGCCUAGACAGAGAGGAGCGAGAUGAGCACAGAUUCAGAGUGCGAGCAGUGGACGGGGGAGGGAGAUAUUGCGAGGCUGAGAUCCACAUCACGGUGGAGGACGUCAACGAUAACCCACCUCAGUUCUCGUCUGAUCCCUACACCAUCACAGUGUUCGAGAACACAGAGACGGGCACAUUUGUUGCUAAACUGUUGGCAAAUGAUAUUGAUACAGGUCUUAACAGCGACAUUCUCUACUCGUUGGCCGACUCUGCGGAUGGAUUUUUCUCCAUCGAUGAGCACACUGGUGUGAUAAGCCUGGAGCGUCCCCUGGACCGCGAGGUGCAGUCAUUUUACGAGCUGAAGGCCCGGGCCAGCGACCAGGGCUCUCCCCGUCUUUCCUCAUUCUGCCAGGUGACGGUCUCCAUCCUGGACAUCAACGACAACCCGCCUGUGUUUGAGCACCGCGAAUACACGGCUAAUUUGUCAGAAGACGUGGUCGUGGGCGCUCAGGUGCUCAGAGUGCAGGCAGUCAGCCGUGACACCGACACCAACGGAGAGAUCUCCUACAGCAUCAUCAGUGGGAACGAGCAUGGCAUGUUCAGUGUGGACCCACGCACGGGUGGCAUUUUUGUGAUUGAAGGCUUGGACUAUGAGCUCUCUCAUGAAUACUACAUCACUGUAGAGGCUACAGAUGGUGGUUCUCCUCCACUCAGUGACAUUGCUACUGUGAACAUUAACCUCACUGAUGUCAAUGACAACAAACCAGUCUUCAGCCAGGACGUCUACACGGCCGUCGUCAGCGAGGACGCGGAGCUCGGGAAGACGGUGUUGGCGGUGAUGGCUGAGGAUUUCGACGGGCCCUCCAACAGCCAUGUUCGGUACUCCAUCGUGGACGGGAACCAAGGCAGUCCCUUCACCCUGGAUCCACUUCGCGGGGAGCUUAAAGUUGCUCGCCAGCUGGACCGAGAGAGAACAUCUGGGUACACUGUGGUGGUGGUCGCCUCRGACAACGGGGUGCCCCCCCUCUCCAGCAGCGCCACGAUCAACAUCGACAUCUCCGACGUCAACGAUAACCCGCCUCUUUUCUCCCAGGCUAACUACAGCCUCAUCAUCCAGGAGAAUCGACCGAAGGGCACGAGUAUUCUUCAGCUCACUGUAAGCGACCGAGACGCUUCUCACAACGGCCCGCCUUUCACCUUUACCAUUGUGGAUGGGAACGAGGGCGAUGCCUUCCACAUCAACCAGCAAGGAACUCUUCUGACUGUGGGGGUGCUGAAUAGGAAGCAUAAAGAACAGUACCUACUUCAAGCACAGGUGUCUGACAGUGGCAAACCUCCGCUGUUCUCCACUGCCUUCAUCGGCGUGCGUGUGAUCGAAGAGAGCAUCUAUCCUCCUGCAGUGCUUCCUCUGGACAUUUUCGUGUCCGUCGCCGGCGACGAAUACCCCGGGGGUGUUUUAGGAAAGAUCCACGCCACCGACCAAGACAUCUACGACACCCUCACCUACAGCCUCGCCUCCUCGGCGUUCUCUGCCGCAGGCGAGAGCRGCGCCUUGUUUUCGGUUUCAGCCUCGGACGGUAAAGUCAUCGCCCUGAAGCCGCUCGACGUGGGCCACUACCCUCUCAAUGUGACGGUGACCGACGGGCGCUACACGACGGCUGCGGACGUCAACGUGCACGUUAAGCAAGCCACCCGCCAGGCCCUGGACAACUCCAUCGCAGUGAGCUUUUCAAACAUCGCGCCGGAAGAAUUUAUCGGGGAUUACUGGCGCAACUUCCAGCGGGCGCUGAGAAACAUUGCGGGAGUGAGGAGGAGCGAGGUUCAGUUAGUGAGCCUGCAGCCGUCAGAGCAGGGGGAUCUGGAUGUCUUGCUGACUCUGGAGAGAUCUGGCAGCCCUUAUCAAUCUCAAGAGGUCGUUUUCCGCAAGCUGAACUCCUCUGCUGGUGUGAUCGAGGAGAUGACGGGGGUGCGCAUCGUGCGAGUGGUCCAGAAGCUGUGUGCGGGUCUGGACUGCCCGCUGCACUUCUGUGAUGAGGUCGUCUCCCUGGAUAAAAACGUCAUGUCCACUUACAGCACAGCUCGCCUCAGCUUUGUCACCCCGCGACACCAGAGGACUGCCACCUGCCAGUGUGACGGUGGCAAAUGUCCCGUGUUGAACAACCUGUGUGAAAACAACCCCUGUCCAGAAGGCAUGGACUGUGUGGCUGAUCCCACAGACACUGUGUACAGCUGUGUGUGUCCCGAGGGCAAAAGAGGCAAAUGCUCUGAUGGCCACUCGCUGACAUUCAGUGGAAGUGGUUUUGUGAAGUACCGUCUGAUGGAGAAUGAGAACAAGGAGCUGAUGAAGCUCUCUCUGAGGCUCAGGACCUUCUCCAGCCACGCUACAGUCAUGUAUGCAAAAGGAACAGACUACAGCAUCUUGGAGAUUGUGAACGGUCGAUUGCAGUACAAGUUUGACUGUGGCAGCGGGCCUGGCCUGGUGUCGGUCCACAGCGCACAAGUUAAUGAUGGGGAGUGGCACUCUGUUUCCCUACAAGUGGAUGGUAACUACGCCAAACUGGUGCUGGACCGGGUGCACGCCGCUUCCGGCACGGCUCCGGGCACUCUGCGCACACUCAACCUCGACAACACCAUUUACUUCGGCGGCUACGUUCGCCAGCACAGCUCCCCACGCCUCGGACGCAGUCUGCCCGUCACUAACGGGCUCCGCGGCUGCAUGGAGGCCGUGGCGCUGAACGGCCAGGAGCUUCCUCUCAACACCAGAGCUAGCCGGGCCCAUGCCGUGCUGGAGGACAUCGUGGACGUGGCUCCAGGCUGUGCCCUCUCACCGGCCGAGAGCUGUUCCAGCAACCCCUGCACCAACGGAGGGAGCUGCACCUCGCUGCCUAAUGGAGGCUACUUCUGCAAAUGUCCUGCUUCAUUCAUGGGCACACACUGUGAGAUCGCCAUAAGUCCUUGUGCAUCUAACCCCUGCCUUUACGGCGGCACCUGUGUUCCUCGAGCUGAUGACUUCUACUGCCAGUGCAGAGGGCAGUACUCAGGCCAGAGGUGUCAGUUAGGGCCGUACUGCAGAGACAACCCCUGUAAAAACAGUGGGAAGUGCAUUGACAGCCUGGAUGGUCCAGUUUGUGAGUGUGAAGCAGGCUUCCAGGGAGACAGGUGUCUGAGCGAUGUGGAUGAGUGCAUCAAGAACCCCUGCACCAACGGAGGGCAGUGCCACAACACGUACGGCUCGUUUAAGUGUAACUGCUCGCUGGGUUUCAGCGGACAGACUUGCGAGCUCCAUUCGGUGGUCGGUAACGAGUUUGUCUCCACUUCCUGGAACAUUGGCUUGGAGGAAGUGAUCGGCAUCGUGGUCUUUGUCUCCAGCAUCUUCAUACUUGUCCUGCUUUUCAUCAUUAUUCGCAAGAAGGCUUGCCGCAGCAAGUCAAAGACGAACGACGACAAACAUGCGGGGGGUUCCAGCGUGCCCCACUCCUUCCUCCACAGACCGUACUUYGAUUCCAAACUCAACAAAAACAUCUACUCAGACAUCCCUCCUCAGGUGCCCGUGCGGCCCAUCUCCUACACGCCCAGCAUUCCGAGCGACUCGCGGAACAACUUGGACAGAAACUCAUUCGAGGGCUCAGCCAUCCCUGAACAUCCAGAGUUCACCACCUUCAACCCGGACUCUGUGCACGGACACCGUAAGACAGUGGCCGUGUGCAGYGUGGCGCCCAAUCUCCCCCCUCCCCCUCCCUCCAACUCGGUGUCAGACAGCGACUCCAUCCAGAAGCCAAACUGGGACUAUGAUUAUGACACUAAAGUGGUGGACCUGGACCCGUGCCUGACCAAGAAGCCUGUGGAGGAAAGCGCCUGUCAGCCGUACAACACCAGAGGCAGCAUGUCAGAGGUCCACUCCCUCAGCUCCUUCCAGUCAGAGUCCUGUGAUGACAACGAGUCUUUUUUGGCUCAUGAUCUCAAGAACCCAAGAGGAUAUCACUGGGACACAUCUGAUUGGAUGCCAAGUGUUCAACUUCCUGGAAUCCAGGAGUUUCCGCAUUACGAGGUUGUGGAGCCCCCCGGCCCUCAGUACAGCGAUCUGAGUGCCAUCGACACCGACUACUACCCGGGCGGCUUUGACAUAGAGAGYGACUUCCCUCCCCCACCAGAGGACUUCCACGCCAACGACGACCUGCCGCCGCCUCCUCUGCCGGAGUACGGCGACACGCUGCGCUCUCUCAGCAGAGACUUGGACCAGCCCGGCCCAGGCAGCGCCGGCACGGCCCACCAGCGCCCGGCCCUGCCACGGCUCUUCAGCCUUAACCAGUACUUGCCGCACCACUCGUACCCGAGUGACGGGGGCGACGCUGAGGGCCAAGGCACCUCCUCCACCUCUGCUACCAUUACACCUGCUUCCACCAUGGGCACCGGUGGAUACAGGGGGGGCUACGCUUUAGGUUGUAGUCGGGACUUCGACUCGUCCGCUCUGGACAACAUGUCCUUGUCUCUGUACGCAUCCACAGCCUCCUGCUCGGACAUGUCAGCUUGCUGUGAGGAGUCUGAGGUGAUGAUAAGCGACUACGAGAGUGGUGACGAAGCCCACCUCGAUCAGCUGUCCAUCCCCAUGCUGAGCUCCCAGCAGCACACUGAAGUCUGACACUGGAUCCAAACAAAAGUGCCUGAACCCACCGCUACGCGUCACGGUAGCCUCUCGACACCAACACUAAAUACGCACAGUCWGCAAACACAAAAAGAAAGAGCACCAGACACAGUUUAAGAGCUGACGGACAUUUAAAGACCAGAGAAGAAGAGCAGGGCUUCAAUCGCCUCCUGCUCCUUUGAGGUGGAUUUACUUUAAAGGGGACUCGUUAUGCUUUUGGUUUAUGUUACUGUGAUGAAACGACCCAUCGAAAUGGCUUUAAAACCUGAGAUAUUUUAAAAUAAACUAUUCGGCUAUCAUAAAGCCAAAAUCAUGUUAAGCAAUUUUUUUUAGCAAAUACAAAUACAUUUCCCCACAAAUGUAGGCUUUAACAUUUAGAUGGAGUUAAAGAGAUGCUGUCUGUAUUAUAAAAAUCAGAUUUAUCUACUUUGCAGGUUUGCAUUACGCUCUGAAAGAUGAACUGAACUGUGUUUUUGUGUAAUCUCUUUUUAACCUGUGAGUCACAUACAGCUACACAAACUGAGCAUAACACGUCCCCUUUGAGUGAGUUUUUAUUUCCUGCAGUAAGUGGAUGUUCUGACAGAUCAAUAUUUCAACCUACAACUAAAAAAGUAUCAUGAAAAAUAAAAAAACAGAAAACUCGUGGAAAAUAUUUUUAUUUCUAUAAACAACAUCAGUUUUUAUACAAAUCGUCGUUUUCAGUGUAAAUUUAAGUGUACAGUUUUGAUUUCAAAGUUUACUAGGUUUUGUAGAUAUUUUAUGCUUUUAUUUUCAAUGAAAAAUUAGUAAAAUAGUGUGAUAUCAGCCAUUCUGUGCGUACGUUCACAAAAAAAAUGGAGAAAAUAAAAGAAAAAGCGAGAAGAGAGUAGCUUUUCUGAACACGGUGUACUCGUAAAGUUUAUCGUCUCUUCWAUGGGUCUUCAAAGAACGACUGCAUAAUCUUUUCUUUUGUUUUUCAUUUGUUUGUACAUUUUGACUUCAAAACKUCUUUAUUUUUCCAGCAAGAUAAUGGGACCCAAUAUAUUUAUAGUGCAGAGUUCUUCAUGGACACGAGAGUUUUUCAUGUGUCUGUGUGUGUCUGAGCAAUGCUAUGGUCUUGUUAAGGUUUUUAUGGAAUACUGCCACAAGCUCACGCUUUCCUACUGGCAAUAAAUUAUUCCUAAGAAAUACGA